GGACCACCAAUGCGACGGAAAAAUAUGCAGAGUUCAAAAAUAAUUCGAAAUUCUCCUCAAGUUACCACGCAUCCAGCAACAAGUAGAUCUCAUACUUCAGUUGAAAAUCAGCAUAAUUCCAAUGCACCUUUUCAUAGUCAUUAUAAAUCUAGUUCAUCUACAAAUUCUGCAUCCAUUCCAUCAACAACCUGUACUACUAAUUCGGCUUCUAAAUCUCCAACUAUUCCAACAAAUCACUCUCAGCAGUACACUCCAAGUCGUAGCCAGCUUGAUACACAGCAGUCAGAAGUUAUAGAGCAUAAAGUUAAUGGAGUGUCUGAGAAGGAGGAGCAGAAAUCAUAUAUACCUGAGAAAACUCAGACAAUUGUAAAAGAUAUUUCAUCAAACACUAGUUCUUCCAUAGCUGUGAACAAACAGAUAGACAAGAAAAAAGAAAUUGAAAAGAAAGGAACCAACCAAAAAGAUAAAUACUCUGAAUAAAGAAAAUGAUUAAAAUCCUCAAUUAAUGCAUUCCAGACUAAUAGGAUAUCAUUAACUUAGUGCAUGUAAAGGAAUUUUAAAUAUAUGGUUAGCAAAUGAUGGAAUAAUUUAAACUUGCGUUAACGUGAGGAUAUCUACAAAAAGUGUGGAUAAUGGUGAGUCCAUUGAUACACUCCUUAUAUUUAUAUAUUGUAUUGUUUUAGAUGAAAUAACUGUUGUUGCAUUUGAGUCUUAAAAAUUCCAUGAUUGCUAAAAUGCUGGACAUUGAUGAAAUAAAAUUGUUUAUCUGGCAAGAAGUAAAGGAUAUGAUGUAGUAAUAUCUAAUUUUAGAAAAUGAAAUUGAUGAGUAAUAGCAUUUUGUCUAACAAAUUAAAUACUACAACAUUUAAAUCCACUUAUAAUGACUAUAGAAUUUUGUCGAUACCCAGAUGACUGAAUUUGUUCAUUAGUUUUCCUUUUAAGUAUACAAAAGUGAUAGUUUUGCUUACUAAAGAUUAAAAAAUCAAAUUUAAUUU